AAAAAUGUGAGAGAAGAAAAUGAAACCUCGAAACUACAUCAAAAGAAGUUUAAGAUAAAAUCGUUGAACUAUACUCAUGUCUGGCAGCCUUUGGAAGAGUUUUCUUUUUGGUUGCAAGAUUAGACAUCCAAAAGGCAAAACAAUUUGUCCCAAAUCCCAAUGGCUGAAAGCGACCGUUAGUACGGAAACAGAGGCCCAUCUUCAACAUCUCUGAUCUGUAUGGUUGGCUGUUGAGUCCACGAGCCAACUUGGCAGAGUCAAACCACAGAAACAGAGCCCCCUAAAACUUUGCGUAUUUGAUUUGCUUUUAUUUCUAUUCCCCCAUUGAAUUCAAUUCACCCACCAAACUUCACGAGCUAAUUAAGACAACACAAACAAGAAACCCAUAAAUCUGUACUCUCUGUAUUCAGCUAAAACUUCAACCCAGACCCAAAUUAGUCUUUUUUCCUUAUUUUUCCCCCAUCAAGCACUCAUCAAUCUCCUGAAGAACAAUAACAAGAACAAGAACAAACACAAGUCAAAAAAGAAUGCUCCUCAAAUUUCCUUCCAACUUCAGACUGCUGAACUUUCUCAAGUAAGGAACAAGGAAACAAUCAGAGUCUCAAUAUAGCCGCCUUUUUUGUCUGCUUUUUUUUUUUUUUUUUUUUUGAGAAGUACACCAAACAAGUCUGUUCUCCACCAUUGUCUUCUUUUGUCUACUUCGUUUUCCCCAUUUUCUCCUUUUUUCUUCUUCUUCACGUUGCUCCUGUUGUUUUCCCCCUGUUCCCUAUUUGGAGUUCUCUGAUCUGUUUAGUCAAUCCGACAUCGAGCUUUUUCACAUCGUCUUUCUUUUGAUUUCUCCUCUGUAUUUGCUUUCGUGUCCAUCUCUGUAAGUUCUGAAAGUUUUUUGCAUUUCACUUCUUCUUGGAGAUCAAUUACAAAGGCUCAUCAAAGUAAUAUCUUGAAGCAACUGCCAAAUUCCCAGAAAAUCAUAUAGACAAUGAAGUGCUUCUUCUACUUCAAAGGCAAGUCCAGGAGUAGGCAUCAAAGAUCGGCACCUGAAUUGAAAGAGCAGCAAGAAUCUGAGUUUUCGGGGUGUAGUCGGACCGCUGCUUCAUCGUGUUCUGUGACUUCUCCUCGGAGUGUACCUGAAUUGUAUGAAGAGAGAGCACAUAAUUUGAGAGUAUUCUCAUUUACAGAGCUGAGACGGGCAACACAUGACUUCAACAGGCUUCUUAAGAUUGGACAAGGGGGAUUUGGGAGUGUCUUUAAAGGCUCAAUUAAGCCUGUUGAUGGGAAGGGGGAUCCCCUUGUUGUUGCUAUCAAGCAACUGAGCAAGGAUGGCUUACAGGGCCACAAGCAGUGGCUGGCUGAAGUUCAAUUUCUUGGUAUUGUGGAGCAUCCAAAUCUUGUCAAACUCAUAGGAUACUGUGCUGUGGAUGGAUCAAGAGCAAUUCAAAGACUGCUUGUUUAUGAGUAUAUGCCAAAUAGAAGCUUGGAAGAUCAUCUCUUCAACAAGGCGCUACCAGCACUCGCUUGGAAAACAAGACUGCAGAUAGUACUUGGAGCAGCUCAGGGAUUGGCUUAUCUGCAUGAAGGAUUGGAAGUUCAGAUAAUAUACAGAGAUUUCAAGAGCUCAAAUGUGUUACUGGAUGAGAACUUUCAUCCCAAACUUUCAGAUUUUGGGCUUGCCAGGGAAGGGCCAGAAGUCGGGCGUACCCAUGUUUCAACCGCAGUAAUGGGGACAAAUGGAUAUGCAGCUCCAGAUUACAUUGAGACAGGCCAUCUCACGGCAAAAAGCGAUGUAUGGAGCCUUGGUGUUGUGCUGUAUGAGAUUCUGACAGGAAGACGGUCGUUGGAGAGAAAUCGUUCAAGACCGGAGCAGAAACUUGUGGAAUGGGUCAAACAUUUCAAUCCUGACAGCAAAAAGUUUAGAUUGAUAAUAGAUCCUCGGCUUGAAAACCAGUAUCCUAUCAAUGCAGCUAGAAAACUAGCCAAGUUAGCAGAUACUUGCCUGGCUAAGAAUGCGAAGGAUAGGCCCUCGAUGGCUGAGGUAGUGAACAGAUUGAAGCAGAUCAUCAUAGCUGAGGAUGGCAGCGAACCUUAUGAGCAAAGUCCUGAUUCUGUCACUGACGAACCUGACAUGGAAAGAGAGCCAGAGAAAGUGGAAGCACCAGAAUCGUGGAGAAGGCGAAUGAGCCACCUGCAGAAACUGGGAGAGCAUGUGGAGGGUGCAAGUAGAAGAAGAUUUAUGAUAAUGCAAAGAGCAAAAGUGCCUUAAAACUUGGGUCUCAUUCAGAACCAGAUUUUGAUAUAUAUAGACUAAGCAGCAGUUUUGAAAGCAAAGAAACAGAAUACAACAGAAUUUCAAUCAAGAAAUGAAAGGAGAAACAUUGGGACAAAACAUAAGACACGAAAUAGAAAUUCUGGUGCAGGAGGUGAACAGAAGCUGAUGUAAAUAGUCUAAUUGAGUAAAUUUAUUCUAUUGUUUAAAAUGCUUCAGUUUUUGCUCUAUGGGACCCAGAAAACAAACACGAUGAAAUUUAUCAUAAGGAUAUAUAUAGAUGCUGACUGGUUAUGGUGUGGUGGCGGGCUUCCAUCUUCAUCCACUUGAAAAAGUCAGGUAUGGUAAAGGCGGAAAGGGAUAGGUCUCUGCAAGGAUUUCUUAAAAUUUUUAAACAUGAUUACUUUAAUUGUUAAUUUCUAAACAUUGAUUAUGUAUCUACUUAGUCAAGAUGAUAGUGAGAGCUGUAUGUCCCCACUUUUCCCUCUUCAAACUCCCCUUCUUUUAAUAAAUGUGAGUGUCAAGUUAAUUCACAUGAAAGCGGACUAAUUAAUUA